GCCAUUUCCCUACCUCCAAGCUUUGCUGAUACAGGUUUUCUGUCGAGCUAGCUACGCAGUAUUUUCUGUCAAGAAAUGGACGCCGCAAAUCAACUUUGCAAACUUUUUGUCGGUGGAUUGAACGUAGAUACCGACGAUGACGGGCUCCGCAAACAUUUUGAGCAGUAUGGUCAACUGACCGACUGCGUUGUGGUUGUGAAUAAGCAGCUACAGAGGUCCCGCUGUUUCGGCUUUGUUACCUACUCGAGCGGGGAGGAGGCCGAUGCAGCAAUGGCGGCUAGGCCACAUGUCGUUGAUGGCACCAACGUGGAGUUGAAAAGAGCGGUCGCUCGGGAAGAUGCUGGAAAACCCGAGGCACUCGCCAAGGUCAAGAAAAUAUUCAUCGGUGGACUGAAAGACGACAUCGAAGAUGAACAUCUGAAUGAUUAUUUUUCCCAGUUCGGCGAGAUCGAGAAGGCCGAAGUAAUCGCGGAGAAGGAAACCGGAAAGAAAAGGGGUUUCGGCUUUGUUCACUUCACAGAUAACGACUCGGCCGACAAGGCAGUGGUUGUAAAGUUCCACACCAUCAAUGGGCACAAGGUGGAAGUGAAGAAAGCCCUCACCAAGCAGGAGAUGCAAGCUGGUGGUGGCGGCAGGGGUGGAAGAGGUGGGAGAGGCAUGAGAGGAGGACAAAAUGGCUUCGGUGGCGGCAGAGGUGGUUACGACAGCUACGGGGGCGGUUUCGGUGGGGGCUAUGGAGGCAAUAGCGGCGGUUAUGGCGGCGGCUACGGAAGUGGAGGCUAUGGCGGUGGUUAUGGAGGCGCAAGCUACGGAGGUGGCUACGGCGACCAGAUGGGAGGUUAUGGUGGCGGCAAUGGCUACAGUGACUUUGGCAGUGGGUACAGCCAGCAGUCCUCCGGUUAUGGGCCCAUGAAAGGGGCCAGCAACUAUGCCGGUAGGAGCCCCGCUCCAUACGCCCCCAGAGGCGGUGCGGGUGGCUACAACAGAGGGGCUUAUGGCGGCUACUAAACCCGUGGCUACGACAGACUAUUUGCAAAGAAAUGUCUUUUACACCCUCAACCGUUGGAUCGGACGACCUCAAACCGAACUAAAAAAAAAUUCUGUCAUCGGGCAUCUGCCAUAAAGUACUGGCAAAAUGCCGACACUGUGAAACCUAAUCAUUAAGAAGACCUCAAAACCAAACAGGUAGCCAUGGUGACCUGACUGCCAGGACACCAAUCUGGCAAGGCCUUGGUUUCCUUCAGGACUGGGGGAUUGCAGUUAAGGCUGUCCCACUACCAUGGGUGGAACCCCUGGACAUUCUGCCUAAUGUGUGCAUUAAAAUCUUUAUUGUAUUUACCAGGUUUCAAUGAUUGCCAGUGGGUUUAUUCUAGUCAAUCUAGGAGGGUGAUGUAAUUGACUACUUAUUCUGUUCUUACCCGUUGUAGGGAAGUUGGUCAUAAAUGUUAGAUCAUUGCAUACUAUGGAAAAUGGACACCAAUGAUGGCCUUGGUGUGCUAUGCUUUUAAUUUGCUGCAAUUGUAAUAAAACUAUAUAUUUUUUAAAGA